CUUAAUCUCCCGCACAGUGCAGAGCCCGUGGCGCCGAGGCUGUUAUAGGUUGGAGUUCCCACGUGGUUUUAACUUCUGUAUAAAAGUUUCAGGAGAAAAGUGGCCCAAUGUCGUGAUUUGGCAGGUCAAAAAAAAAAAAAAGGGAGACGAAGAAGAGAGAGGGAGAGAGAGGGAGAAAAAAAAGGAGGACUCCUCGCCAGGAGAUUAGAGCAGAUUAGCGAGGCACAAGGCGCUUCUCCAACCGAGACCGUCCACUUGGCGAUCGGAGGCGGACCGUCAGGUUCAGGGAAGGAGGAGAGAGAGAAAGAGAGAGAGAGAGAGAGAGAGGCAGCGGUCGGAGGGGAGGCGGCGCGAGCGAUCCGCCCUUACUCCCGAGAAACCCCGCUGCCGAACAGCGACAUCGUCCCCCCGCGAAGGAAAAAAGCGAGUGGCUGCGAACGAGACCGUCUGGCUUGGGCUGGGAGACGUCUGCGAGGACUGAGCCUCCCUUCUCCCGGGGCUUCGUCGUGGUCACCAUCCUUCUCUCUCUAACUCCUGGUUGAACGUGGACAGCUGCAGACCGGCGGACCCCCCAGGAAAGGGCCCCCUGGACUGGACUGUAGCCCCAGCUUGGCCCAAGGAAGGACAGAAGAGGUGGGGGGACAGGGGAGCAGUCGCCUGGGUACAUUGGAGUGGGCUCCCCCCCACCCGCCCGCCCGCCCGCCCCGUUUCAAGCUCCGGGUUGACUGGGCUUUGCAGGAGCCUUGAAGGGCCGGAGCGCCCCCCGCGCAAAGGAGCGGGCUGCCGAGCGUAUCCAGGGGCCGCCGGGGCGGGUCGGCCGGGGCUUUCUUCUUUUCUUGUGAAACUUCUUGCGGGGAAGGCGAGAGGAGCAUCCUUGGCCGGAGUGCCCGCCGGGCUCCUUCCCCCUCCCCUCGGCCCCCCGAUGACUCUGGGCUGACAGAGCGCGCCCUCCCAGGCCCACCCCCCAGGCCGCUUUUGGCUGGACUCUGCCUGACUGGAGGCCAACCGGUGAAACCAUGAAGAAGGAGCUGGCCGCCUCCGAAAUGCCCGCCGGCAAGUGACCGACGAGGCUGCCAGGCGACGCCGGCUGCUGCUCGGGGAAUCGGCUCUCCGGAUCGCCUCCGUCACCUCUCCGCUCAACUCUUCCGUCGCCGGCCCCGCGAAGCUCACCCCUCCCGGCCAGAUCCCGUCGCCGGCGGCGCCCCCCCCCCCGCCCUCUGCCGGCGCCCCCUCCUGGCGCUCACCCGCCCCCUCGAUCUCCGCGCGCCCCUCUCGGCCGCCCCCCGGCUCUGAUCCCAGCCCCGCAGCGGAGCUGCCUGGAGAGCGGCAUGGACGGGGCGGCUCGGAGGGGGGCCCUGGCCGCUCUGCUGCUGCUGCUGCUUCUGCUGCUGGCGCCGGGCGCCCGAGGCUCGCCCACCCCUCCCGGGGCCGCCCCCCAGGACACCUGCACCUCGUGCGGCUUCCGGAGGCCCCCCGACGAGCCAGGCGCGGUGGACGCCGAUUUCCUGCAGGCCGUCAAGAGGCACAUCCUGAGCCGCCUCCAGAUGCGCGACCGGCCCAACAUCACCCACGCCGUGCCCAAAGCGGCCAUGGUCACGGCGCUGCGCAAGCUGCACGCCGGCAAGGUGCGCGACGACGGCCGCGUCGAGAUCCCCAGCCUGGACGGCCAAGCCAGCGCCGGGCCCCCCGCCCACGAGCAGACCUCCGAGAUCAUCAGCUUCGCCGAGACAGAUGACUUGGCCUCCUCUAGAGUGCGUCUCCACUUCUUCAUCUCCAAUGAAGGGAACCAGAACUUGUUUGUUGUUCAGGCCAGCCUGUGGCUUUACUUGAAGCUGCUUCCAUAUGUCUUGGAGAAAGGCGGCCGACGAAAAGUUCGAGUCAAAGUAUAUUUCCAAGACCAGGACACUACCAACAAGUGGAAUGUGGUUGAAAAGAAAGUGGAUGUCAGAAGAAGUGGUUGGCAUACAUUUCCCAUGACAGAAGCAAUCCAGGCUCUGUUUGAGAAAGGAGAAAGGAGACUGAACUUGGAUGUUCAGUGUGAAGGCUGCGGGUACACAGUGUUGCCAGUUUAUAGCAGGGCAGGAGGCGAGAAUCGCGACCAUUAAAGUGUAGUGGUGCAAGCCCGGUUGGCGGACAACAAACACCGAAUCCGGAAAAGAGGCCUGGAAUGCGAUGGCAGGACCGAUUUAUGUUGCAGGCAACAGUUUUACAUUGACUUCAGGCACAUUGGGUGGAAUGACUGGAUCAUAGCACCGUUGGGUUACUAUGGGAAUUACUGUGAAGGGAACUGUCCAAACUAUUUGGCUGGCAUCCCAGGAUCAGCUUCCUCUUUUCACACUGCAGUAGUGAAUCAGUACCGCAUACGAAAGCUGAACCCAAACGCCGUAAACUCCUGCUGCAUCCCAACCAAACUUAGCUCAAUGUCCAUGCUGUACUUUGACGAUGAAUACAACAUCGUGAAGAGGGACGUUCCUAAUAUGAUCGUGGAAGAAUGUGGUUGCGCCUGAUUUGGAGGGUGUUUUGAAAAGGGGAGGGAACGGGGGGAGGCGAAUAUGUUCUCACAGUGAAUGGAAUUGGAGGGUGUUUUGCUGUGUUUCUUCCUUCCAGGCAUGGAUGUUCAAGUCACUGCAGAGGCAACAGCAGCAGCAAUAACAACAAAGAUAUAUUAUCAUUUCAUCUGUUGUCAGGACAGUGGCUGUUUGUGGCUCUUGGACACGAAAAUGUGCUACCACUUAUAAACAAAAUGCUAUGAAGUACCUUAAUCCCACCCACACCCCUAAGGACACAGGCACAUCCAUGCACACGCAAUUGCACAAAGCAGCUUGGAGGAUGAGGGAAGCCGGUCACAGGAAGGUAGUCAUGUCUGCCAGUGAUAAAAAAGCGAAUGAGGCAGUCACACCAUUUCUUCUAUCAGCCUGCCAUGUUUUGGAGGGAACCAAUGGGAAGUGCAAGUUUAAAAGACCCAGUCUAAUAUAUUUUCAUGCACCGCUAUUUAAGUGACCCAACAUACAAAAGACCACCGUCACCUCUGAAGUCUAAAAACGAAGUCACAGGCUGCCUGCUUUGGCAAGGUGUGCUCUUCUGACUGAGGUUAAAGAUACGUUUGUUUUUAUAAAGUCCCAAAUGGCCUAUAGCACUUCUAUUGUGGAAUGCUGAUAAAACCAUAGAGAAAGGGUGAGAAAAAGAUAAAUAUAUACCUAAAGGCAGAAUUUUUUAUGGUAACAGUGGCAGUGUUUUCACGAACCAUGAAUGGUUUGAUUCCACGUUUGCUGCAUACCACUAAGGCUACAUCACUCCUGGCCCACAUGAGCAUUUACCCUGCUCUGUGAUCCAAAAAGGAGUCAAUCCACCCUUCUCCCCCUCCUUUUUUUGCUCGCCAUCCCUAUUUCCCUUCUUCAUGUUUCUCAGUACAAUGGCAACAUUGAAAGUUGCAAUUUGUGUUCAGCUGCAGGGGAUUCAGCAAGAGCAUGUUUGGGACAGUCAGGGAGGAGGACAGGGAAAAACCUGUGAAAUGACAUAACGAUGAAUUCUUAAGAGGAAGUACAGUCACACGGUGGAUACAUUUCUGGGGUGAGAAAAGGCAGCACAUUUUGUAACAGGCGAGGAACAUUUUAACAAUACUUAGGGAAGAGAAAGAGAGAGAAAACUUGAGAGUCAGACCGAGGAGUUGGAAUGCCAGCUUCCUUCCCGGAAGGUGUACUGGGGAUGGCUGCAGAGCUCCAAACCCACUGCUGCGGCAUAGCACUCGCAAACCGCUUGAAUGCACGUUAUUAUAGCACUUGCAGAUUCCAAUGCCUUGAACGGUUGGCACUUGACUGUGCACUUCUCUUUGUUCACUAUCUCUAGGUUAUAAACAAGUGCCGCAUGAGCUAUGCAAUUUAAAGUGUUGACCCAUACUAGACGAAAACUGGACUGAGAUGAGACGACUUUUUAUAUUUUUUUUAUACUUGAAAUUAAAUCUUUUGCUUCUUUUUUUAAAAAGCGAAUGAUUGCUUUUCAUGUUUGCACUGAUGUAGUUGCAUGACUUAGUCAAAAGAAACUGCCAUUUGAAAAAAAAGGUUAUUUUUAUAGCAGCAAGAAAAAAAACAUAAUGAAUACAGUGAAAUGUAUUAUACAUAACAUUUUGGAACCAAAGAGGCCAAUUGUAAUUUUUUCAGGUGGCAAGGCCAUCAUAUAUCUAUAUAUCAUGUAAUGAUACUGAACAAUCUCUUGUGAGGCCUACCAAUUUGUGUUUUUCAGGGUACAAAUGGAUUCCGUUGUGUUUGGGUCAGUGUCUUUUCUAUACCAUCAUACAUAGCAGACAUUGCAAGAUGUGCAUACUUUUAAAAAAAAAAGAAAAAAAGAAAACCCAAUUGUUGUUUAUUUAAUAAACUCCCUUGUAGAUUCUGUUCCAUAAUAAUUUAAAUACCAAACAACUUUCACUUAGGUUUGCUGUCGGAGUAUUUUACAUUUGUGUACAGUUUAAGUAAAUAAAACAAAACAGGAAAAAAAACCCUGAGAAUUGGA